GAGGUCUCUUGAAAUAAUUAUAUCUUGAAGACCACGCCUUCUACCUAGUGGUAGAAAGGCGUGGCCUCCAUUGCAGUCAGCUGAAAUACAGAAUACAGCUAGCUAGCUAGCUCUAGCUCUGUACACACAGUACUCUACUAUGAACGUCUCUGGAUUCUUGUCCGAGGUUCUGAAAAGAUGGUUUAUUCUGGGGAUUGUCACAGCCAUAGUCCUAGCCAAGCUGCACCCCCUCAUAGGAGUAAAAGGAGGACCCCUGCAUCCUGAGUACACUGUCAAGUACUUUGCUGUGUCUGUGAUUUUCUUCAACAGCGGCCUAUCGCUCAAGACGGAGGAGUUGACAAGAGCAUUGGGGCAAGUCAGGCUUCACAUCUUUAUACAGUCCUUCACUCUCGUCUUCAUCCCCAUUGCCAUGACGAUACUUGUUAAACUGCUUGCUCUAACAGAUUUCAUCGAUAAACCAUUCCUUAACGGUCUCCAUGUGGUUGGAUGCAUGCCCCCUCCUGUGUCAUCAGCUGUCAUCCUCACCAAGGCUGUGGGGGGUAACGACGCUGCAGCUGUCUUCAACUCGGCCUUUGGAAGCUUCCUGGUAAGCCCAACACAUUGUAUCUGUUCUGCUGUAUAUAGUCAACUCUUGACAUUGCAGGGGAUAUUUGUCACCCCUCUCCUGUUACUCUACCUGGUUGGCACUACAGCCAGUGUUCCAUUUGUGUCUGUGUUUGCUCAGCUCUCCAUCACAGUACUGGUCCCCCUCUUCCUUGGUCAGAUUGUACGUCGGGUGAUGAAGGCGUGGCUGGAAGAGAAAUCCCCUCCAUUUGGCACUAUCAGCAGUUGCAUCCUCCUCUUCAUCAUCUAUACCACCUUCUGUGACACUUUCAACAGUUCUGACUCAGACAUUGCUGUGAGCAGUGUAGUGAAGGUCAUUGUACUAGUGUUCAGCUGCCAGUGUGUGUUCCUGUGCAUCACUUAUCUCACCACCUCUCUGCUUGGUGUGUUCACCCGCUCUGAUAUUGUGGCCAUGCUGUUCUGCUCAACACACAAGUCUCUCACACUAGGCAUUCCAAUGUUGAAGAUAGUGUUUGAAGGCUCCACAAUGUUGAGUUCCCUCACUCUCCCUCUGCUUAUCUACCAUCCAAUACAGAUACUGUUGGGUAGUGCUCUAGUGCCCUGGCUGCAAGGCUGGCUCAGACCUGACACACCCACUUCUCCCCCAAGAUCAUCUCCAGUGGAAUCACUACCAACUUAGUGGACGUACUGUCAGAGAUUAUGUUUCAUGCUUGUUUAAAUGAUAAUUUUUAUAUUAGUACAAUAUUGCUCCUGUGAUACAUUUAAGAACAAUCAUGAAAUGGUUUCAAUUAAUGUCAUUAA